AUGGCGACUCUCGUCAUCCCCAAAUCCGACUCGACAGUCCGCUUGCGGGCCAUCGAUGCAAAGUGCGCGGUGUCUCUCCACACCCGCAACUUCUUGGAACCCCAGCUCGUAGGCUUCGAGACACUCAAUCUAACCACAGUUUGCUACUUAAUCGAUCACCCUGCUUCAGGCAAACGAAUACUCUUCGACUGUGGCGCUAGAAAAGACUUUGAGAACUACUCGCCGGCUUUCAAGGAUCGUCUCAAUACCAUUAUCAAGGGCUUGAGGAUUGAAGCGGAUGUGAACGACAUCUUGGAGGAUGCCGGUAUUUUAUUGAGCUCUAUCGAUUCUAUCGUAUGGAGCCAUUGGCAUUGGGAUCACAUUGGGGCUGCAGCCAAGUUCCCGCGGUCUGCUGAGGUUGUUGUUGGUCCUGGCUUCAAGGACAACUUCAUGCCGGGCUAUCCCACAAACCCUCAAGCCCCUCUGCUGGAUGCAGACUUCAGGGAUCGGACAGUGAAUGAAAUCUCCUUCGACAAAUCGCCUCUCCGAAUCGGCAACUUUGCAGCAUUCGAUUUCUUCGGCGACGGCUCCUUCUACCUGCUUGACAGCCCUGGACAUGCAAUAGGGCAUAUGUGCGGUCUGGCGAGAACUACCCCAACCACUUUUGUAUUUCUAGGUGGAGAUAUCUGCCACUUUCCGGGCAUGUUCCGUCCUGGCCCUCAGGCACCUCUCCCAGACCCAGUACCCUCCGCUCAGCUGGACGACUACUUCCCGAUUCCCUGUCCCUGUUCAUUGUUCACGAGACACCACCCUCUCAUCGAGCCCGAUUCGAAAGCUGCGAAAUCAUCGUCGUUCUUCGAAGUCACCUCAGUCAAACCAUCUUCUUACCACGACCGAGAACCGGCUAUGAACAGUAUACGCGCAAUGCAGGAGUUUGAUGCGUCUCCCGACAUUCUCGUAUGCAUCGCACAUGAUCCGACACUUCUUAAGGUAUUGCCUUUAUUGAAUGAUUCCAUCGACGACGACUUAAACGAGUGGAAGGAACGGGGAUUCAAGGAGAGGUUGCAAUGGGGCUGGCUGAAUGAGCUCCCUCGAAAUGGCAAACCCGGUCGACCUGCGCUCGUCGAGGGCGCAUGGAGGGAUGGUAAAAAAAUCACAGACUUUCAAGAACUGAAAGCGUCGAGUUGA